GAGAGAGAGCAAGAGAGAGCAAGACGGAGAGAGAGAGAAAGAGAGAGAGAGCGAGAGAGAGAAAGAGAGGGAGACUUGGUGUGAUUUGUUUAGUGAUCAUAGCCAAUAGAAAGCUGGGUCUAUGAUAACAUCCACAUGCUGGUGGCGGAGAGGAGCCAGAAGUGAGACUUCAAACGCAGUGCGGAGACGCGGAGACACCUGAGCCUGGUCCCCUGCUUCACUUCAUGGGCAUCAGUCCCGCUCCCUCCCCAGGACCCAGAACGCCGGACACGUACCCCCCACCGCUGCUGGAAUAACUCCCUCCAACCCAACGGCUGCUCUGGGACUCUUUGGACGAAAGGAUGUACUGGCGGUUGGUUCUGUCCGUGUUGCUGGCAGGCGUUCUGUGCGAGGUGGCGGAGAGCAGGAAGCCCCGGCCACCGGGGUCCAUCCCCUCGCCCUACAAGGGCAACGGCAACACCUCGGACAAGCAGGCGCGCAAGCGGGUGCUGGCCUCCAGCCAGGAGGCCCUGGUGGUGACCGAGAGGAAGUACCUGAAGAGCGACUGGUGCAAGACGCAGCCGCUGAGGCAGACGGUGAGCGAGGAGGGCUGCCGCAGCCGCACCGUCAUCAACCGCUUCUGCUACGGCCAGUGCAACUCCUUCUACAUCCCGCGGCACAUCAAGAAGGAGCAGGAGUCCUUCCAGUCCUGCGCCUUCUGCCGGCCGCACAAGUUCACCACACUCACCGUGGAGCUGGACUGCCCUGACCUGCAGCCCACCUUCCGCCACCGCAAGAUCCAGCGGGUCAAGCAGUGCCGCUGCAUAUCGGUCGACGUCAGCGAGUCCGACAAGCAGUGAAGCCACGCCCCGUACCCGACCCCGUUUGACCCCCGCC